UGGCCGCAGAAGCGGUGAUCAGCGAGCGGGCAUGAGCGCGUCCCUGAGCCGGGCGGCCGCGGCUCUGCUCCGCUGGGGGCGCGGCGCGGGUGGCGGAGUCCUGCCCCGAGCCGGCGUGCGGGCAGCAAGCUCGGGCGGCCAGGCGGAGCAGCUGGACGCGCUGGUGAAGAAGGACAAGGUGGUGGUGUUCCUCAAGGGGACGCCCGAGCAGCCCCAGUGCGGCUUCAGCAACGCCGUGGUACAGAUCCUGCGGCUGCACGGAGUCCGCGACUAUGCGGCCUACAACGUGCUGGAGGACCCGGAGCUGAGGCAAGGUAUUAAAGACUAUUCCAACUGGCCAACCAUCCCGCAAGUGUACCUCAAUGGCGAGUUUGUGGGGGGCUGUGACAUCCUUCUGCAGAUGCACCAGAAUGGGGACCUAGUGGAAGAACUGAAAAAGCUGGGAAUCCGCUCUGCCCUGAUAGAUGAGAAGGACCAAGACUCCAAGUGAGGGCCCCGGGUCCUCGCCGGGCGGGCAGAGCGCCCUCCCCGUCGUCAGGGCCAGAAAAGCCUCACUGCGUGGUGGUGUCCUGUUGCUGUGGCGCUUGCACUGGGUCUCCUGGCCUGCAAGCGGGCAGGGUGCUUUUACUUUAGUCUUUGGCUCAGAAUCCCCUCUGGUGAACUCACCACCACUGCACUGUAAAUCAACGUCGUGAUCCUGUAUUGCUGUAACCCAAUCGUUCUUACGUUGACUUUACUCUGCCAGCUUCGGGAGUCAGUCCUGAUCUUGUACGUGGUUUGGGUUAUAACAAUGGCAAAGCCCCCUGAUGCUUUUGUAACUUCCUCUAAAAGGGAAAUGAUAGACAGAGAAGAAAAUGUGGUGGCUGGAGUGUUGUUUUUUUUUAAAAUAAAUUGCCAAUACAGACGUGUGUGUGAGUAAUUAAACCCAGCAAGUACACAUCUGUGGGAUGUCGAGAACUAGCCUCCUUUGUAUUUUCUUUCAUCCUUCCCCCUUUCUGCUACCCUCUGCUUCUCACGCCUCCCUCUCUCCUCUCUGCCCCUCUUUCUUCCCUCUUUCUUUCUGUGCAGCCCAGGCCGGCCUCGGCUCAUCGGGUACCCAAAGGUGAACUUGACCUUCAGAUCUUCUGCCUUCACCCUCCAGGUGCUGAGGUGUCAGCCACCAUAGCACUGAGAACAGGAUCCAGGGCAAUGUACACGCUAGGCAGACACCGUCCACUGAGGUAUAGCCCCUGGCCUUCCUCCCUCCUCUUCUUUUGAGUAACUAAUUAACAGUAACUCUCAUUCACCGCUAGGUUGCUCUGAAGUUCCUUUAGGCUACUAGGGAGUCCCUGUACCGUGUGUGUCCUUGAGCCAGAUGGUAAUGGUGGCUCCCCCAACCUCUCUAGACGGGAGAACGGGAGAACGCAAGAACGCACCUGCUGGCCUCUGACGCAUUUUCUUUCUCAUGAACUGGGGUCUCAGAGGAAAUAAGUGGAACUGUGCUGCCUCCCAGUCCAGUGUCUUGGUGGGACAUCUCUAGGGCUGAUUGAUCCAAUUCGCCACCCUCACCUGUGGGACCCUUCCCUUCCAGACACGGGACAGAAUUGCCUAGACGUCCCAGAGGCUGCCUAGACAUCACAGGCAGGAGAAAGGCUGCCUUCUCCAUGAGUAGUGGCCUCUCAGAAGCUGGUCCAGGGAAGCGUUCUGUGUUCAGACAUCCUCAGCUCCACUCCCUUCCUGAGGUUGGAUGGGCCUCCCUGCCCACAGGGUAUGCUGGGCUCCCAGAGUCUGGGGUUCCCCAAGAAGGGAAGGAGAGCUGCAGCCUAAGGCUGCCCCUUCCCCCAUUUCACUAGGGACCCAGUCAGAGGAUGACAGCCCUCACCAGUGACCUACCUCAAGGCUGUAGGAAGGAGAAAAGGCAGAUGAGUCUGAAGGUUUUUGAUACAUUAAUCGCCCACUCACUUCUUUUGAGCAGGCAGCUGGGUCUGCACAGAUUCCUCGUAGACCUUGGAAGCCACUAAAAACCUUGUGUUCAGGUGAGGAAGAAAGCCCAGAAGGAAGACUGUGUAGCGUCCUGCCUGGGAUAGCAGCUUUCUCUGUCUCUGGGAAUAACACUAUUAGCAAAUGACUUCUCCGCCUGAGCAUGAGUACCAGGCUGUGGGCCAGACAU